GCCCUUUGUCUGCAACAAAGGGGUUAAGCUCACUACUCCAAUAUUCAUUCUGAGUCAAAGCUUGACAUCUUCCACGCCGCCCCCAAAUCCCAACAUCUCUUUUCAACCAAGGACCAAACAAAUCGAGAAACCCUAACAAAUGAUGAGCUCAGUGGCGAAGCAUGUAUCCACUAUCUUCAAUCGACCGAACGUAGCCUUGUUGAACCCACUAAGUUGGGAGCAGCAGCUACAGCAAUGGCGGGGCAUACGGGUGAAGGUGCGGAACAACAACUUAGACCAAGCACUGUUCUUGAUGCAGAGGAAAAUGCAGUCCAGCGGAAUGGAACGCCUCAUAAAGCGUGAACAGCUUCACCACAUCAAGAACUCAGAGAAGCGCGUCUUGGCUCGUAAGCUCCUUGAAUGUAAACUCCGUUCUCAAGACCUCGCUCGUAAGCUCAAAUCCAUCCUCAUCAAGAAAGUCAGGGGUUUAUAAAGGAAGAUGUUCCAGCAGAGUUUUCUUCAUCAACUUUCUGGACUUGGCUGGCUGAUUGCUACUGAACCUCCAUUUUCUUGCACCUUGCUACGUGGACUACACCUUUGAGAAUAAUGUUUUGAUUUCUAUUAGAUUUCUAUCAUUGAUGUAGAAUUUUGGCAAGUAUUAGUUGAAGAUCAUCGCCAGUUUGCUACAUAGGGUGUGUUUGGUAUGUUUAAUCUCUGUUGUACGAGUUCAUGUUCAGUUUGGCAGGGAAUAGAUUUAUUUUUUGUUGAGAAAGUUGGCUUGGAAUAUAUAUUUCCUUUUCAUCAUUUGGACUUGAAUAGAUAGUUGAGAAAUAAUUGGAGGAAAAACCAAGUGUCACCAACCAUUUCUAGACGGUGUCUCAUUUAACUAUUGUUAUUGCGUUUUCAGUGAUCUUUGAGAAGUCUAGAGAUUCUUCUAAUGAGAUUGAAAUGUGUGAAAAUGAGUGCAAUGUUCUGAACCUUCUAAAGGCUCACUUCUUGA